GCCUCGGCGCCCUGACCCUCCUUGUCGGUAGUAGUUCCUGGCCGGCCUUCGUGGCCGCGCCAAUCCCCUGUGGCGCCUCCAUGGCGUCCCUGGCGUUGCUUAGGUCAGCUGUAGUGCGUCAGUACUGCUCUGGCUGCGGCGCGCCACUCAGUCGGCGACAUCAUCGUCGCCGUCCUGCCGAGCGGACCCCGCUCUGGCAAUCUUUGCCGAACAUCAUGACUUCACACCGUGGAGCCUUCGCGACCUAGCGUGGGUGGCGCGCCUGCUCGCCGUUCGACCUCGUCCUCACGGCUUCGCGAUGCUUCUGGCGGGGCGCUCGCUGCUGCCGGGCUCGCAGUGGCGUGUCGCUGAGCGGCUCUUUCGGUAACGGCGGGCCGAUUGGAGCUGCUGGCGACUCUUGCUGUGGGCUGCUGCCGCGGCCUGACGUGGCGCCGGGCUCGCUGCGCGUGAACAGGGGCACGCUGCGGCGGGAGCCAGGACCGGCGUCUUCCGGGCGGCGGCGGCUGGAGCUGUGGGCGCGUCUACACAGUGGAGAGACCUGCUUGGCGAAUGCAGUCUGGCGAAGGCAGUCCAGCGAAGGCUGGCUGGCGCAGGCCGACUAAGCGAAGGCUGGCUGGCGCUGUCUGCUGUGCUAGGGUGUUGCGAGGCUGUGUGGACUUGGUUGGGCGGUGGGCGUGCCUGCACCGCCUGCGCUAGGUUGCGGGCGCUGUGGCUUGUGCUGUCUGGUGGGUCGGACCGGCUGAUCCUCGUGGUUCAGCGAACUUGCACGGCCCUAGGCCGUCUACAGGAUGCAGCUUCGGGCUGCACCCAACAGUGUGAGGGCCCUGCCCUGUUGGUGCUGGUGUUUUGGGGUAGGAGUUGCACUUUGCAAAGUGGCAGUCAGUCUGACGCCGACCCGCGGCUUAGGUGAGCAGCGCUAGCGUUUGCGGUGAGCCUUGCUCGGGGUUCCUCCCCUCCUUUAGUGAGGCGAGGAGCAUGGGGGUCAUUCGAGGUUCCCUCCUCGAGUGUGCGUACGUGCCUCGUGCGUUUAUGGAGCCCUGGCUUGCCCGUGGCUGUCAUCCCACAUGUAACCUCUAUUCGCUACUAGCUAAGUAGGUUCUACUCCGCUUGGUUGCGUUAGGGCGCCUCGGCGCCCUGACCCUCCUUGUCGGUAGUAGUUCCUGGCCGGCCUUCGUGGCCGCGCCAAUCCCCUGUGGCGCCUCCAUGGCGUCCCUGGCGUUGCUUAGGUCAGCUGUAGUGCGUCAGUACUGCUCUGGCUGCGGCGCGCCACUCAGUCGGCGACAUCAUCGUCGCCGUCCUGCCGAGCGGACCCCGCUCUGGCAAUCUUUGCCGAACAUCAUGACUUCACACCGUGGAGCCUUCGCGACCUAGCGUGGGUGGCGCGCCUGCUCGCCGUUCGACCUCGUCCUCACGGCUUCGCGAUGCUUCUGGCGGGGCGCUCGCUGCUGCCGGGCUCGCAGUGGCGUGUCGCUGAGCGGCUCUUUCGGUAACGGCGGGCCGAUUGGAGCUGCUGGCGACUCUUGCUGUGGGCUGCUGCCGCGGCCUGACGUGGCGCCGGGCUCGCUGCGCGUGAACAGGGGCACGCUGCGGCGGGAGCCAGGACCGGCGUCUUCCGGGCGGCGGCGGCUGGAGCUGUGGGCGCGUCUACACAGUGGAGAGACCUGCUUGGCGAAUGCAGUCUGGCGAAGGCAGUCCAGCGAAGGCUGGCUGGCGCAGGCCGACUAAGCGAAGGCUGGCUGGCGCUGUCUGCUGUGCUAGGGUGUUGCGAGGCUGUGUGGACUUGGUUGGGCGGUGGGCGUGCCUGCACCGCCUGCGCUAGGUUGCGGGCGCUGUGGCUUGUGCUGUCUGGUGGGUCGGACCGGCUGAUCCUCGUGGUUCAGCGAACUUGCACGGCCCUAGGCCGUCUACAGGAUGCAGCUUCGGGCUGCACCCAACAGUGUGAGGGCCCUGCCCUGUUGGUGCUGGUGUUUUGGGGUAGGAGUUGCACUUUGCAAAGUGGCAGUCAGUCUGACGCCGACCCGCGGCUUAGGUGAGCAGCGCUAGCGUUUGCGGUGAGCCUUGCUCGGGGUUCCUCCCCUCCUUUAGUGAGGCGAGGAGCAUGGGGGUCAUUCGAGGUUCCCUCCUCGAGUGUGCGUACGUGCCUCGUGCGUUUAUGGAGCCCUGGCUUGCCCGUGGCUGUCAUCCCACAUGUAACCUCUAUUCGCU